CCCAGCUACACGCGCAGGCGCAGUGGAUAUUUUGACAACUGCACUGAGCAAACAUGGCGGCGGCCGUAGAUAGUGUUGUGAAAGUGCUCGGGGAGCAGUACUACAAGGAUGCUAUGGAACAGUGCCACAGCUACAAUGCUCGUCUGUGUGCGGAAAGGAGCAUCCUUAUGCCUUUCAUCGACUCUCAGACGGGUGUUGCUCAAAGCAACUGCUACAUCUGGAUGGAGAAGAGACACCGGAGUGCAGGCAUGGCUCCUGGGCAGCUGUAUAGCUAUCCGUCUCGACGCUGGAGGAAGAGACGGCGGUCCCACCCUCCUGAGGACCCCCGUUUGGCCUUCCCACCUAUCAAAUCAGCGGAGCUGGAGCUAGGUCUGAAACGGGAUGUUGUGGGAACGGUGGACGGCAGCAGCCUGGAGGCCCUGCUGAAGGGGGAGCCCCUGGAGAGGAGGGGCCCGCCAGACCCCCGUGCCCCGGAGGACAACCCAGCCACACCUGAACCCGUGGCCGCCACAGUCUCCAGCCACACCUCCUCUGGACGCAUCCGCAAGAGGGUGCUGGACCACGAUGACUACCUGGAUGAUCUGGAUGAUGAGGACUUUGAGGAUGAGACCCCCAAGAGACGAGGGAAGGGCAAGUCCAAGGGCCGUGGAGUGGGAAAUGGAAAGAAGAAAAUGGAGGCAGCUGCUGCAGCCUUGGAGGAGCAGGACAAACCAUACGCCUGUGACAGUGAGUAUACAUUUAUUUCAUGUAAAUUCUGUUGUGUGUGUGUGAUGACUUACUCCAUAAUGCUGUGUGUGUUUGCAGUCUGUGGAAAGCGCUAUAAGAACCGUCCGGGCCUGAGCUACCACUACACACACUCCCAUCUGGCGGAGGAAGAGGGGGAGGACAGAGAGGAGAUAGAGUCCCCUCCCCCCCGGCGCCAGCCUGAGGAACACAAGACUCCUAAGAAAGGCCCUAAUGGUCUGGCCCUGCCCAACGACUACUGCGACUUCUGUCUGGGAGACUCUGCCCACAACCAGAAGACCGGCCAGUCAGAGGAGCUGGUGUCCUGCUCAGACUGCGGACGCUCGGGUCACCCAUCCUGCCUGCAGUUCACAGAUGUGAUGAUGGCAGCUGUGAAGACGUACCGCUGGCAGUGUAUCGAGUGCAAGUGCUGCAACGUCUGUGGUACCUCAGAGAACGACGACCAGCUGCUGUUCUGUGAUGACUGUGAUCGAGGAUACCACAUGUACUGCCUCAAGCCUCCUAUGACUGAGCCCCCAGAAGGGAGUUGGAGUUGUCACCUUUGCCUGGCGCUGCUGAAGGACAAGGCAUCCAUAUACAAGCAGCAGAGCCCCACCACAGAGGAUGAAUAGCGAUUAGUUAUCAGUGUCUUUGGGGCCACCCCAGAGUAACCCACCCUGCCCUCAGCCAGGGGACCCCACCUUACCACCUCAUUCAACGACAGUAGCCCUCACCCUGGUCCACACCCCCCAAUGACCAGGAGGUAGGGAGAGGAGGGAGUCCACUCACGACCCUUGCUGUCUUUCCUUCUAUCGCGGCUGUAAACUCACCUGGACUGUUACACACUCUGCAGAGACCACCGUAACCCUGGUAACCACUCUACAGAGUUCACAUUAGAAAAAAAGGAUUCUCUCGCUAACUAUUCCCCAGCUCAACUUCCCCCGUCUCCUUUAUAUGGUGUGGACUGCGAAGACGGGCAGUGUGCUUAAUUUGUUGCCAAAUUAUCUAUUUUUACUUAAGUGUAUGGAUUUAAGGAUUUCAAAAUAUGAUCACAUUGAGGGAUAUUAAUAGUGGACUUUUGUAGUGAAGUUUUGUCUGUGUACUUCUUUUGGAUGUUUUAACAUUUAUCUCAAAGGUUCUGCAACGACAAAACAUUUUAAGGAACCUCUGGUGCCAAGGUCCAUAUGAUGUCCCAAAUGACACCCUAUCCGCUUUACUGUGCACUUCCUUUGACCAGGGUCCAAUAGGGUGCCUUUUGGGAGGUAACCAUAGUCAUUCUAUCGUGACUGAAUCACAUCUUACUGCCGGGUCUGAUUUUCAACCUAACAUUAUUGAACAUUUGUCAGCUAUCAUCUUUAUGGUUUAUGUAGCUGUUCAUAUCUGUGCCACAAUGAGCGAGGCACAUUGCAUGCAGACUUGCACCUGUACUUGAGUACGACUGCACACACACAAUUCUUUACUUUUUUUAUAAUCACUUGAUAUUCCAUGGGGCAGGGGAUUUUUUUUCUAGUUGAAUUUUGUAAAGUACCGGUAUAUAUUACUCGAUUCCAGUACUGUAUGACUUUUUCUAUUUGUUUUUAGUGACAUUGAUUUCUUCUUUUGUGAUGUUCUCCAUAGUGUUUUAUGGUAAAUAAUGUAUUUUUUAUUUACUUUUUUUGUAUUGAAACUGCUUUUGCCCUAUUAAAAUGUCCAUGUAUCCGCUAA